AUUUCACGGACGAUACAUUCCCUUAUCACUUAUAACUUGGUGUAGUACAUUUUAUAUGAUAAUUGAUUUCAAAGUAUAUGCAGACUAGUCCGUUCGCUGAUAAUUCACUUUUUCACAACGUGAAAAUAAAAAGCCUGCAAAACGUAUAUCGUAGAAAUGGGUACAUUGGAAUUAAAACAUACUUUGAGUGGACAUAGAGGAAGGGUGUGGAAUGUUUGCUGGCAUUCCAAGGGUACAUGUCUUGCAUCUAGCGGUGAAGACAAAACCAUUAUAAUAUGGGGACCACAAGAACCAAAAUGGGUCAUAAAAACCAUCCUCACUGAAGGACAUACAAGAACUAUUAGAGAAGUAGCUUGGUCUCCUUGUGGAAACUAUAUAGCAUCUGCUAGUUUUGAUGCAACAACUGCUGUAUGGGACAAAAAAUCAGGGCAAUUUGAAUGUAAUGCAACAUUAGAAGGUCACGAAAAUGAGGUGAAAAGUGUUAGUUGGUCUUCUAGUGGACAGUUGUUGGCUACUUGUAGUCGUGAUAAAUCUGUUUGGAUAUGGGAAGUGAACGAUGAUGAAUAUGAAUGUGCUGCAGUCAUUAAUGCUCAUACCCAAGAUGUGAAGAAGGUAAGGUGGCAUCCUACUGAAGAAAUUGUGGCAUCUGCCAGUUAUGACAACACUGUGAAGUUAUUUAAGGAGGAUGCAGCAGACAGUGAUUGGUCUUGUGUGGCAACACUAUCGUCUCAUACCUCAACAGUUUGGAGUCUUGCAUGGGAUAAAAGUGGAAAUAGAAUAGCAACCUGUAGUGACGAUCAAACAGUGAAAAUAUGGCAAGAAUAUAAACCUGGUAAUGAACCUGGUAUUGCUACAACAAAUAACGAACCAGUUUGGAAGUGUGUUUGUACUAUAUCUGGUUAUCACACAAGAACAAUUUAUGACAUUGAUUGGUGUAAGACAACUGGCUUAUUAGUGACUGCAUGUGGUGAUGACAUUAUUAGAAUAUUCAAAGAGGACAAUGAUUCUGAUCCUCAUCAGCCAUCAUUUACAAUGGUUUGUUCAAUGGACAAUGCUCAUACACAGGAUGUGAAUUGUGUGCAAUGGAAUCCUAUUCUUCCUGGACAAUUGGCAUCAGCUAGUGAUGAUGGUUUAGUCAAAAUUUGGUUUUAUAAUGAAUAG